AUAAGUGAUUCGUUCGGACUCCGAAGCUUCAGUUCCCCGCGCCACCCGCGCGAUGGGCUCGGAGGCAGCUCAGCUGCUGGAGGCUGCUGACUUCGCCGCUCACAAACACCGACAGCAGCGACGAAAAGAUCCUGAAGGGACUCCCUACAUCAAUCACCCCAUCGGUGUAGCCCGGAUCCUAACCCAUGAGGCUGGAAUCACUGAUCUUGUGGUGUUACAGGCCGCCCUGCUCCACGACACAGUAGAAGACACAGAUACUACCCUGGAUGAGGUAGAGCUGCACUUUGGAGCACAGGUUCGACGCUUGGUGGAGGAGGUAACAGAUGACAAAACUCUGCCCAAACUGGAAAGAAAGCGGCAACAGGUGGAGCAGGCACCACACAGCAGCCCAGGGGCCAAACUGGUGAAGCUGGCAGACAAGCUAUACAAUCUGAGGGACCUGAAUCGCUGCACCCCUACAGGAUGGUCAGAACACCGAGUCCAGGAGUACUUCGAGUGGGCAGCCCAGGUGGUAAAAGGGCUUCAAGGGACAAACCAGCAACUGGAAGAGGCACUAAAGCAGCUGUUCGAGGAGCGAGGGCUGACGCUCUGAGCCGUUCUCCGUGCAAUCCUGCAGCAUGGCUCCAGUGAGGCCCAGGAAAGAUGGGAUUCUUACUGCAACGUUGCAGAGCCUCCUCAUUUCUCACAUUCCAUCAUUCAACCCUGACAUCACAGGCUAAAAACGUCUGCGUUUUUUCACUCAGCUGGGCCCGGAAUAUGGAAAGCAGAUAUGCCCCUCCAUCCAGGCACUAACAGCCUUUCUUUAAGUCUUGGGUCUGUUUGCAUGGUGGGACCUCUGGCCCCUCAGGGACCUAAGAUUGGAAUAAGCAUUGGUUUAUAAGUCGUGGAAAAUAAAGCAUUUAGUUAGGUAAAGGCUUAAA